CUAUCCGGUAUUUUAUUACUUUUUAAUUAUUUUUUUAAAUCCUGCCACUUGUGUUUUCUUUUAGGGGAGAAAAGAGCUUUCACAUCUUUUACUACAUAUACGCCGGCCUUUACCACCAAGACAAGCUGAAGACUUAUAGGUUGCCAGAUGGGACACCUCCCAGGUAUAUUGACAAUCACCACUGCAAAGUGAUGCAGGACAUUGUGUCCAGCAAGCUGUACAAGGAGCAGUUUGAAGUCAUCCAGGAAUGCUUCCGGAACAUCGGCUUCACCGAAGAGGAAGUCAACUCUGUUUACAGGAUUCUAUCAGCCAUAUUGAACACCGGCAACAUAGAAUUUGCCGCCAUCUCGUCCCAGCACCAAACCGAUAAGAGCGAGGUACCGAACUCGGAAGCCUUGGAGAACGCUGCUUCCCUGCUCAACAUUGGGCCAGAAGAGCUCCAGGAGGCGCUGACCUCGCAGUGCGUGGUCACCAGAGGCGAGACCAUCAUCCGCACCAACACAGUGGACAAAGCGGCCGACGUGCGGGACGCCAUGUCCAAGGCGUUGUACGGCCGCCUGUUUAGCUGGAUCGUCAACCGCAUCAACACUUUGCUGCAGCCUGACGUGAACAUCUGCGCCGCAGAGAGCGGCAUGAAUGUGGGAAUCCUGGACAUCUUUGGCUUCGAAAACUUCAAGAAGAAUUCCUUUGAGCAGUUGUGCAUCAACAUUGCCAACGAGCAGAUCCAGUUUUACUUCAACCAGCAUAUAUUUGCCCUGGAACAGAUGGAGUACCAGAGCGAGGGAGUCGACGCCAGCCUGGUGGAGUAUGAGGACAACAGGCCCAUCCUGGACAUGUUCCUGCAGAAGCCCAUGGGUCUCCUGUCCCUGCUGGAUGAGGAGAGCCGCUUCCCGCAGGCCACGGACCACACGUUAGUGGACAAGUUUGAGGACAAUUUGCGCUGCAAGUACUUUUGGAUACCAAAACGUGUUGAGCUUUCGUUUGGGAUUCUGCAUUUCGCUGGGAAGGUGAUGUACAGCGUGAACGGAUUCCUGGAGAAAAACCGAGACACUCUCCCUGCGGACAUCGUUGUGGUGCUGAGAACAUCGGAGAACAAACUUCUGCAGCAGCUCUUCUCCAGUCCCUUAACUAAAAUAGGGAAUCUGGCCACGGCUCGGGCCAGAGUGAACGCCGCCUCUCGAUCUCUGCCGCCGCAGCUCAGUUCAGGACGCAGCAAGUCUCCCAAAUAUCUCUUGAAGGUGGACACCAUGGAGAUGAUGCGUCACCCAGAGGAAACCACGAACAUGAGGAGACAGACCGUGGCCUCCUAUUUCCGCUACUCACUGAUGGAUUUACUAUCGAAGAUGGUGGUGGGUCAGCCGCACUUUGUCCGAUGCAUCAAGCCCAACGACGACAGGCGGGCGCUGUGCGUCUGCAAGGAGAGAGUGAUGGUGCAGCUGCGCUACACUGGCAUCCUGGAAACGGUCAACAUCCGCCGCCAAGGCUACUCGCACCGCAUCGCCUUUACGGAGUUUGUCACUAGAUACUACUACCUUGCAUUCCGAGCUCACCAAAUGCCAGAAACCAGCAAAGAGAGCGUGGUCACCAUACUGGAGCGAGCCAAACUUCAAGACUGGGUGCUGGGAAGGACAAAGGUGUUUCUGAGGUACUACCACGUGGAGCAGCUGAACCUGCUGCUGAAGGAGGUGAUCGCUCGGGUGGUGGUGAUGCAAGCCUACACCAAAGGCUGGCUGGGGGCGCGGCGUUACAGAAAGGGGAAGGAAAAGAGGAACCGUUGCGCCACCGUCAUCCAGUCAGCGUGGAGGGGCUUCGUCGCACGGCGGAUCCUCAAACAAAUGAAGAAGGUGCGAGAAGAGGCAGCGGUCCGUAUCCAGGCAGUAUACAAGGGCCAUCGCGUACGUCAAGACUGUGGACCUCAGAGGCGCAGAUGUAAGCCUGAAGCUGGAGGGAAGACCACCAAAGAGGACCAUAUGGGGUCUCAGAGCCCGAAGAAGCUCCACAAGGCAAAUGUCGACCCCGACAGCCGAGACAGACACACGAAAGACGCAAAGAGAGACAAAGACGGCGUGACGAAGCCUCGCAGGGAGACGGGCAGGCUGCGAGACGCGCAGUGUAAACAAGGUCCAGCGAUGAAGCUCCGGCAGAGGACGCCUCGCCGGCGGGGCCAGCAUCCAAAGCUGCUUAAUAGCCCCGAAGACAGCCUGUACUACAACCAGCUAAAUAGAACUCUGGAUUACCAGGGGAGCAAGAGGAAGCCCAGAAAACUUGGUCAAAUCAAAGUGCUGGACGGAGAGGACGAGUACUACAAAUUACUGUCAAUGGUGGAGUCGAUCCCCGAAGAAGAGUACAAGAGCCCGGCCCCCGCCCGCCCGUUCUAGCCAGAGCUCAGCCUUCGCAUCAUGUCAGCCGAUUGCCUUCGUCGCCAGCAACGUCAACUUGAAACAAAAAAAGCGUCGACACGCUAUAGCGAUUGCACAUUUGUAUUUAUUUUAUGGCAAGAUGACAUAUUUUAUAUGACGCAAAUAAACGUGGUUGUAUUGUG